AGACAUCAGCAGGUUGACUUAAGUUAGCACCAAAUAUAAAAUCUAGUGUGAAUUACAAUUAUGAGCAGCAGGAAGACUAAAAGACGCAAGACUGACAAAGGAGUUGGAGAUGGACCAGCAGGCAAACGUGGACCAAUGACCAUCGCAGUGUCUGAAAUAUUGCUGAUUAACAUGAAGAAGCCAGGAGUGGCUUUCCCUUCAUAAAGGCCUUACUGAACGUGAUGGACCAUUUCCACAAGCUUCACCCGGACAGUGAGAUUCCAUUCUACAUUGCACUGAUGCCUAAAAACCAGGCUCAGGAGAAAUGCCUAAGAAACCACCUCAACGAGUUAGGCUUAAGUCAGGUUUCAAUCCAUCAGGAUGACUACAGCAGCAAACCUGAACCGAAAGUACUCUACCUCUCUGAAGACCCUGGCAAAGCAGAGGAAGCCAUUAAAACAGGGCAUGCAGCUGCCAUCAUGUUCCCAAAUGACAAGGAGAACCAACGGAGUGAAGACGGAGAGCUUCGCGUGGCAUUUGACGGAGAUGGCGUCCUGUUCUCUGAUGAGUCCGAGAUUGUUUAUGCGAAGGACGGGCUGGAACCCUUCUUAAAAAAUGAGAAGGAUAAAGAGGACAUCGCUAUGGAAAAGGGUCCCCUGAAGUGCUUCCUGGAGGCUCUCAGUGACCUGCAGAAAAAGCUUCCUAGCAAGAGUUGGUCUAAAGUGCAGACCUACCUGGUGACAUCCCGCAACCCGCUCAUUAGUGGCACCAGGGCUCUGAAGACCCUGACCACUUGGCAGGUGGACAUCAGCCAGGCUUUAUUCGUGUCCAGGGCCCCAAAGGCGUCACUCUUGGCCACGAUCCGCCCGCACAUCUUCUUUGAUGACAAGAAGAAGUACAUUGAUAAGGCGCGGGAGCUGGGGGUCAUCUCUGCCCACGUGCCUUAUGGGAUAGGAUAUGCGACCGACAAGGGUGCCUGCAAGAAGUGAUAAACCAUGGGAACCAUGGGAAAGUUAGAAUGAGAAACUGAUGUAUUAUUCAUAUUUUUAUUUUGAUCUCAGUUCACUCAUGAUAUAUAUAUAGUCAAUGGUUUGUUUAAAGUGUGCGGAACAAGGAAUGUUUUAAUUGUAUUAAUUCAUGGAAGCCUGUAAUGCUACAUUAAAAUAUAAACCUUUAAAAACAUUGUUGUCAAAUUUGACCUUUCAGAAUGAGUCCAAUUCUUCAGAAUGGACAAUGUUGUCUGUAUUGUAUUUAUGCUCCAAUAUGCACGCCAUACAUUAGGCCCUCAUAUUGGAUAUUGCAAUGAAGACACAAAUAAAUGGCCAGAAAACAUAAUAUGUGACCCAUUCUAACAUAAUCAGUCAUAAUCAAUGUUUAUGUUUUUAGCUGCUUUAGGCUUUCAUCUUCAUUUUGUCUAACAAUAUCUUGACUUUCAUAAUCUUCAUGCCAAAUUCAGUAAAAAUAAAUAUUUUUUAUGAUUCAAAUGUCAUGAUUUUGUCAUGAUAGAUGCAUACAUUAUGUUUAGUUUAUUAUCUAAUUUCAUCUAGUGUAUACUUACCUGAUAGUUUGUUUUUCUUGAUGACAGACCAUCUAUCAUGACAAAAUCAUGACAUUUGAAUCAUUCAAAGGAGAAGAGCCAGACUGGUUGAAGCUUACAGGAAGGGGACAGGAAUGUCAACAACCACACAUUACAACAGUGGUAUGCAGAAGAGCAUCUCUGAACAUACAUCAAAUGGGGUCUGUAUGGACUCAAAUGUUGUUAAUCGCAUAGUUGUAGAUGGCUAUGUUUUUCGUAAGGUACAAUACAACUGGACAAAAAACAAGAUACCUAUUAUGACAACUAGGAAGUGGCUAAACUAUGGUGGGUGUGAUGUCUACCAGACAUAAUUUGUUAUUUUCUAAUGUUAAAUACUGUUUUGGAGUGCAUUUGUGUUCAAUUGUACUGUUUCUUUAAAAUAGUCAAGUUAAAGUUAGUUAGAACGCAUCACUUCCGGUUAGUCACUUCCCGUUAGAAAGCAGGAAAUGCAACAACAACGGAGCCGUGUUUGAUGUGCUAGUUAAGGAUCUUUUUGAAUCCUCCCAAAAGGACUGAUUAAUCAUUGUCGUAAGUGAUCAUAUUUCAUCAGUCACAUGUUAAAGAUAAUGUAUUAAGGAUUAGUUGAUAAAA